GCUCAGUCAUUACAGCUCUGCUGGUUCAAAUAAUUGACUCAAAUAGCAGGAGCGGAGCUACACAAUGGAGGAGAGUGCGUCACGGACACGCCGCUGAGAGACUUAUCUGAUUUCCACCUGAUAGUGAAAAUACAUUACAAGUAUUUUAUAUAGUUUUUUGUUUCAUUUUUGUUUCAAACGCUUUUUCCUCACUGAGACUGUAUUCGGACACGAGCGGCACCACUGAAGAGAAGUUAUCAUCAUGCCGCCCACAACCCCGUAUGCCGGAAAGUUCAACUCCUACAACAACAACAACCACCCUCAGCCUCAGAGUCCAUACCGCAGCAGCACUGGCCCGAAACCUUCAAGGGAGAACACCUACAAUGGGGCCUACUCUGCUGCAGAAAACCCUUAUGACGUACCACAGCAUCACGCUGCAUAUCGCAGCUCUUCGGUUUCCUCUGCGAUCACGAAGGAGCACCACUACGGCAGCAGCUGUGCAGUUGCAGAGAACCCAUACUCCUCGCCUCAACCUCGCAGCCCUCGCCAGCACAGCACUUCCUGUCCAGGCCGAGCGUACCGUCACACAAGCAGCAGCAGCAGCAGCGAGCAGUCCUGUCGUAACAACACAGCCGCUGCAAAAGCUCGACUUUACGGACACGGUAUCACCGCUAGCUAUGGGGAGAUGUGUUACCAUGACAACAGCUUGGUUUCAGCAUCUCUUGAGGCACUGAUCCAGCACUUGGUUCCCACUGUGGACUACUACCCCGAUAGGUCGUAUGUGUUCACUUUCCUGCUGAGUUCACGCCUCUUCCUGCACCCGUAUGAGCUCAUGACCAGGGUUUGUCACCUGUGUGUGGAGCAGCAGCGGUCAGGAGAUGCUCUGCUGGAUAAGAUCCGUUUCCGUGAGGUGGCACCUAAACUGGUCCAGCUGCUGACUGAGUGGACGGAGACGUUUCCAUAUGACUUCAGGGACGAGAGAAUGAUGCGCUGCCUCAAAGACAUGACGCACCAUGUGGCCCGAGGGGAUGAGUACUCAUGGCGAGCCAUGCAACAGAUGACCCAGCGUCUAAUCAAGCGCCUGUCUGCGCUCGGCCAAUAUGAGGAGGCCGUGGCUGCACUUAACGCCGUGGCGCAGGAGCGUCCUGCCUCACUGAAAAACAAGCAGACUUCAGCUCAGCGAAGCGACAUACUUAACAUCUGCGACGACCCUUUCAUCCUCGCCCAGCAGCUAACCCACAUUGAGCUGGACAGAUUGAGCUUCAUCGGUCCCGAGGAGUUCAUCCAGACAUUCGCCAUGAAGGAUCCUCUGGAGAACCAUAAGGGCUUCUUCCGGAAGCGCAAAACCAGUAAUCUGGAGGCCUAUGUCAACUGGUUCAACAGGCUGAGCUACCUGGUGGCCACUGAGAUCUGUAUGCCAACAAAGAAGAAGCACAGAGCGCGGAUGAUUGAGUUCUUCAUCGACGUGGCUCAGGAGUGUUUCAACAUCGGCAACUUUAACUCCCUCAUGGCCAUCAUCACUGGGAUGAACAUGAGUCCUGUUGCCAGACUGAAGAAAACCUGGAAUAAAGUCAACACUGACAAGUUUGAAAUCCUGGAGCACCAGAUGGAUCCAUCCAGUAACUUCAGUAACUACCGCACAGCGCUCCGUGGCGCCACCCAGAGGUCUGAAACAGCGCACAGCAGCCAGGAGAAGAUCGUGAUCCCUUUCUUCAGUCUCCUCAUUAAAGACAUCUACUUCCUGAAUGAAGGCUGUGCAAGCAGACUGCCCAACGGACACAUUAACUUUGAGAAACUUUGGGAGCUCGCAAAACAGGUGAGCGAGUUCCUGGUUUGGCGUCAAGUCAUUUGUCCAUUCGACAGAGAUCGUCGCAUCCUUCAGUAUCUUGUCACCACGUCUGUUUUUACUGAAGAUGAGCUGCACCUGGCCUCGUACGAGAGCGAAGGACCUGAAAACAACAUGGAGAAAGACAGUCGUAGGUCUCUGAGAUCUUCUCUUCACCGAGAGAAUCGAUCCUAGGAGAGAUGAUUCCUUCUGCUUUACAGACUGUAAAUCAGUGGUGUUGUAAAGAUUUCUAUUUCCACGGCCAAAGUUUGCAUCUUGGAAUUCCUUACAGGAUCACAAGGAGCAUAAACAAUGUACAAAUCUGAAACUAUAACUAUAAAUUCAUCUAGUGCCACAGGAACCAAGUGCUGGAGACAUCACCGCCCCCUGUGCUGGAUGUUCUUCUCAGACUGAAAUCAUUAAUUAACUUAAUGAUUCUUAUGAAGGUCUUGAUGUUUAAAUAAAGCAUAAGCCUUACUUUUUAUUUCUACACCAGCUCUUGCUCAAGGAACUUACAGGAUGUCAGACAACAAUCCCAAGUGUGUGGAUUUAUAAUUAUAUCUCCAUCGGAUGUCCACCUUAUCAUGUCAUACUAUGGACCGGAUCAUUUUUGGUUGCUACAUUAGCACUGCCCACCUGCAGACAUGACCUUGAGAGGAAUAUCGGGUUCACACUGAUGUGUGGUAUGCAGAACACAUGGUGUUGCAGCAUUCAGUGAUUAAAUUUAACUCUACAGCUGUUUAAGCCUUUUCUGUCAUCUAAACUCAUAAUGCCAGUCAGUGCUUUGGCUACAUAAAACCCAAAUAUAUUUGUAAAAUCCAUAUUUGCUUUUAAACAUUUGGUGAUGUGUGAUGCAGCGUUGUGUAAGUGACAUCAGUAUCUUGCAAACUAAAUCAAAAAUGCACUUCAAUGUCUUCUCGUGUAGUGUAAUAUCGGAUUUAGUCAUUUGUAUGAGUUUUCUGUUGUGUGGUUUAAAGCUGUAUUUUUAUGUUUUUUUUAUUAAAUUCCCAUGAGUCUCUA